AAACAUACCAAUAUUUGUACACUGUACCUUUGUCGUAUAAACAAAAGAAUCUAUUUGACAAUUUUUAUAUUUUUCUUUUGAAUAUCAAAAAAAAAACUAUUCAAAAACUACAAUUUCCAUGUAUCCACCAUCGAUUUCUUGCACAAUAAAAUUAACAACAAUGGUCAACGGUGCUCUUGGUGGACCAAAUGUUCAACGACAAUUACGAUUACAGGUGUUGAAUCUAUAUAAAACGCUUCUUUAUUAUGGCCGAGAUUAUCCAUUAGGUUAUAAAUAUUUUCGUGAUCGUUGUCAUAAAGCAUUUGUUAAAAAUCGUGAUGAAACUGAUCCACAACAAAUACAGAAACAUAUUUCACGUGGUGAAUUUAUUAUUAAAGAACUUGAAGCAUUAUAUCGUUUAAGAAAAUAUCGUUAUUUAAAACAACGUUAUUAUCCGGAAAAAUUGGAAGAUGAUGAUUUAGCUGGUAAAAUUGAUCCAAAAUUAAUGUUGAAAAAAUUUGAAGCUAAAACAGCAACAACAAGUCAACAACAACAACAAUCAUCAACAGUAAGAUCAUCAUCAACGGUAACAGAAUCGAUUAAAGAGGAGAUUAAACAAUAGUAAACAAAUGAAUGAAUGGCUAAAACAUGAAUAUGUUUCAUUCAUUCGAUACUCAAUAAUAAUUUGAAAAAAAAG